AUCAGGAAACCACCGAACUCAACGCCAAUCAUUUCAAAAACCUUCAAACCAGACCGACAAUGGCGAAACCUAUAGACUUCAUUCCACUCUGUCUCCUUCUCUUCACUCUUCUUCACUCAUCUUCUGCAAACGAAGAUUCUGUUCACAAAAGUUUUCUGAACUGCAUGAUCAAGGAAACAAAUCCAGAAAUCUCAAACACCAUUUUCGCCAAAACAAACUCUUCUUACACCUCUGUUCUUCGAGCUUAUAUUCGUAAUGCCCGAUUCAAUACCUCCUCAGCGCCGAAACCCAUUAUUAUUAUAACCCCGUUGGAGGAAUCCCAUGUCCGGGCUGCUGUAAUUUGUACAAAGAAAGUAGGGUUUAUACUCAAAAUCCGCAGCGGCGGCCAUGACUACGACGGGAUCUCCUACGUCUCCGAUUCCCCUUUCUUCAUCCUCGAUAUGUACAAUUUGAGAACGGUAACCGUAGACAUGGAGGAAGAAUCAGCGUGGGUCGGCGCCGGCGCGACGCUUGGCGAAGUGUACCACGCGAUUUGGACGAAGAGUAAAGUUCAUGGGUUCCCCGCCGGAGUUUGUCCGACGGUCGGUGCCGGCGGACAUAUAAGCGGCGGCGGGUAUGGAAAUAUACUGAGAAAACAUGGAUUGUCUGUUGAUCAUAUGGUGGAUGCGAAGAUAGUUGAUGUGAAUGGAAGAAUUCUUGAUAGAGAAUCAAUGGGGGAAGAUCUGUUUUGGGCGAUCAGAGGAGGAGGAGGAGCAAGCUUUGGUGUGAUUUUAUCUUAUAAGAUCAAACUUGUUCCUGUUCCUGAAACUGUUACAGUUUUCAGAUUAGAAUAUCUCAUGGAUCAAAAUGCUUUGGACAUAACUCAUAAAUGGCAGUUCGUUGCUCCAAAAACCGACCCAAAUUUGUUCAUGAGAGUUCUAAUUCAACCUGUUACUAGAAACAAGAAGAGAACAAUCAGGACUACUAUUAUCACAUUGUUUCUGGGUAAAGCAGAUGAAGUGGUUUCCCUUUUGGGAAAGGAGUUUCCUGAAAUGGGUUUGAAGAAGGAGAAUUGCACAGAGAUGACAUGGGUUCAAUCUGUUCUGUGGUGGGCAAAUUUUGAUAAUGUCACUGAGAUUUCCCCAGAUGUUUUACUUGACAGAAAUCUUGACUCUGCAAAUUUCUUGAAGAGGAAAUCAGAUUAUGUGGGUAAGGAGAUUGGGAAAUCAGAUUUGGAGAGUCUAUUCAAGCAGAUGAUCAAGAUUGGGAAAGUGGGUUUGGUUUUCAACCCUUAUGGAGGGAGAAUGAGAGAGUUUUCUUCAACUGAAACUCCAUUUCCACACAGAGAAAAGCUUUACAAGAUUCAGUAUUCUGUGAACUGGGAAGAACCAGGGAAUGAUGCAGACAAGCAGUUUAUGAAUGAGAUUAGAACUCUCUAUGGGUUCAUGACACCUCUGGUUUCUCAAAAUCCCAGAAGUAGUUAUCUGAAUUACAGAGAUUUAGAUAUUGGAACCAACACAAAUGGUGGGAAAAUCUUUGAAGAAGGUGAAGUUUAUGGGAGAAAAUACUUUGGUGAUAAUUUUGAUAGGUUGGUGAAGGUGAAGACUGCAGUUGAUCCAGGGAAUUUCUUCUGGAAUGAACAGAGUAUACCUCCUCAUAAAAGUAAGGCAUGAAGAGGAAGAUGAUGAAGAAGAAAAAUCAAUUGAUUUGUAAUAAUUUACGAGAUUAUUUUCAAAUCUGAUUUUAUCAUGAACACAUUAUGCAUACAUAUUCACAGAAAAAUUAGCUUGUAUUAUUUGGUAUCACACUGAGAAUAAUGAAUUAUUACAGAUUUUCCCUCUGUUA